UUUUUCUAACCCUCUAAACCUGCCUCCUUACUGACAGAAGGCACUGGGCCUUGGCUUCCUGUUUUAGCUGGCUUUCUUCACCUGUUCUAAUCCACUAGGAUCCCCAGCCCCUCCAAAAGAAUCCAAGAGUUCUGGCUCCCAGGCUUCCUUCAGCAUCCCAUGUACCAUCCCUCAGAGAUGUUCUCACAGUAUGGGGGCUCUUACCCUCUGCGGCCACCCCCACCUCCUGGAACUGGGUACCCCCAGAGUCAGGCACCCCAGUAUGAAGCCUUCAGAUACCCAGACCUUGAUGCUACCCCCAAGCUGGAUAGUUUCUUCCCUGCCCUGGAACCUCCAGGCCGCCUUCUGCCACCAGGUCCAGCCCAUCCUUAUGGGUCAGGCCAGGCUCUCCCAUCUGUUCCCCCACCAACACCACGUCUACCCCCUGGAAUACGGAUGAACCUGGAGAAUGGUGAGCUUUGGAAACGUUUCAGUGGCAUUGGCACAGAGAUGAUCAUCACCAAGGCAGGCAGGUGAGAAACCAAAUGGGAAUAAGGAGGAAAAUAACUUACCUUAAGCUAGACUCUGGAACCCCUUCCCUAUGUCAUGCAUCACUUCCAGAAUAUUUGA